CGCCCCCUCCUCAUUGGCCCCGCAGAUCCGGGCGCCCCGGAGCCGCGCGGCGCAGGGAGGCGGGCAGCCGCCCCCGGAGCCGGCGGGCGGGGAGCGCGUGGCUGGCGCGCGUCGGGCGGGCGGGCGCGGGCGCAACUUCGCGGCCAGAUGCCCGUGGGCGCGGCGGCGCGGCGAGGCCACUGCUGCUGCCCCUGCGGGCCCCGGGCGCGUCUCCACGGGCGGCGUUGCCCGCGGCGCGGCGUGCGCACCGAGCGAGUGAAGGUAUGUGCGGCGGGCGCGGCUGGAGCGGCCGCCGCCGCGGCGCCUGCAGGUCCUAAUGCCUGUCCGUUCCCAGGACGCUGGCAGCGGCAGCCCGGAGCCCCCCAGCCCUCGGCAGGUCUGCCUGUCCUUCCCGGCGAUCUGAUUGGAUAAAGUGGGGGCUCGACGGUGGCCGACGCGGGACAGUCUGGCUGUGGCAGGGGUCUCGGAAACCAUGGGUUAUUGCAAUGGCAGGUGCACGCUGAUCUUUAUCUGUGGCAUGCAACUGGUUUGUGUGCUGGAGAGGCAAAUAUUUGACUUCCUUGGAUAUCAGUGGGCUCCUAUCCUGGCAAAUUUUGUACAUAUUAUUAUCGUCAUUCUUGGUUUAUUUGGAACUAUUCAAUACAGACCUCGUUACAUAAAAGGAUAUGCUGUCUGGCUAGUCCUCUGGGUUACGUGGAAUGUGUUUGUUAUCUGCUUCUACCUGGAGGCCGGGCAUCUCUCAAAGGAAACAGACCUUAUCCUGACUUUUAAUAUUUCAAUGCACCGAUCUUGGUGGAUGGAGAAUGGACCAGGAUGUACAGUGACAUCAGUGACACCCGCCCCAGACUGGGCCCCAGAAGACCAUCGCUACAUCACGGUCUCAGGGUGUUUUCUGGAGUACCAGUACAUAGAAGUGGCUCAUAGUUCCCUCCAGAUUGUCCUCGCACUGGCAGGGUUCAUCUACGCCUGUUAUGUUGUGAAAUGUAUAACUGAAGAAGAGGACAGCUUUGAUUUCAUAGGUGGCUUUGAUUCUUAUGGCUAUCAAGGGCCUCAGAAGACAUCUCAUUUACAACUGCAGCCUAUGUACAUGUCGAAAUAAUACAUAUGGCUUCAUAAUGUCAGCUCCUGGACCUUACAAAAAAAACUUGUUUUGCAGUGGCCUCCUGCGUUUUAUGAAGAGCAAGAAGCAACUGAGUUUAAAUAUACAUACAUUUUGACAAAACAAACACUAAGCCUCACAUACACCGGGGCACGCGCGCACACACACACAUACACACACACACACACACACCAGUUCCACUUGGCCUCCUCUUCCUAACUGAAACAGACAAAUGUGCAGGACAUGCCCAGCUCGGAUUUCCUGAAAGCAGGCUUUUUUCUCCCAGGCCUUUGGAAAGUUCAAAAGGAGACGUGUUGGUGCCCUCUGCUGACCGUCACUAACUCCUCUGCCGCUCAGCCCGUGGGCCUCUGGGAGCUGUCAAGUCAUCCAGGGCAAAGUAGCUUGAGAGUCCUGUCUUCUGCACUCCAGACAUCUUGAUAGCACCACGGCUCCGUAGGCAACAGAAUUGCAAACGCCAACAAACAAAACAUGCCAUGAUGACCUGGUAACCAAAGUCUGAAAUGGCAGGUCGUUUGCCCUAAAGGCUGUCCCGUACAUACUUGCCUUAACCCACCUAAGUUGUGCGCCCGAGAAUCUCAGUGCAGACAUCCCCAAGUCACUUCCUUUAGGCUAACACACUGCUAUUAAUUCCGAAUGAGUUCAAGUCUGUAUGUUUUAUGUCAAGAAACCAGACUGAAGAGCCCAGCAGCUCCAGUGUGUCUGUGUACGAAAACUGCCAGCUGUCAGCAAAGUGCUUUACCAUUGAGCCUCCACAGUGGCCAAAAAGAGACAAGUACCAAUAACAACAACAAUCAUCAUCAUCACCUUUAUAAUUCUUAAAUAUGGGCUUCUGAUGGGGUUGGGCGGGGGCAAAGUAAAACUUAAUAAUCUACUAACAUCAUUUAUCUACUGGAAGCAGAAAUGGCAUAACUCACUGACUUUAUUUAUCGCACUCUAGGUGCUUUUAUAAGUAUCUACAAAUGUCUUUUACUAACACAGAAACAGCUGUGGAUUUCUAUCAACAGAGGCCAACUGAAUAUGUAUUAGCGAUGUUUACUCUUUUAUAUCUAAUUCGAAUUGAAGACCCUAUGUAGGUGAACUUUUUUUCCUAACUUCCAGCGUAUGAGAUUAUUUUUGGGGUGGGCGGGGCGGGGGGAGCAAUAGUUAUCUUGGUGACAUAUUUGAGAUCUCUUUGUGGUGAUUGGGGGAUCCGUUGUGUGGUAGAGUGUAUUUGAAUCCUCCUGUAUUAUUGUGGCAGAAAAACUGUGCUGUUGACGUAGUUGGCAACAAGAUGCCUUUGGAAACUUAAUAGUAGGUCACUGUGUUUAUGAAAUAUUCUGAAUUUCUAGGAAAUUUUGUUCUAUAUAUUCAAGCAUUAUUUGGUUUUCAUUAGUGGAAAACAUAAUUAGCUCAGGCUUGUCAGGAACUCAGAUGAGUCACGUUUUUUUCUUGGAUCCACCUGAGACAUUAAAAAAAAAUUUUUUUAAAACAAAUAUACCAUCCUUAAGUGCAGUGAAAUUCAGACCUGAAAUGUUAUGCAUUGGCAUGAAGCAACUUUUUCUCUUGGUUCUAUGAAGUUUCAGUUAUUGGGUUAACCUACUUUGGACCUUAUCCCAUCCGGAACUACAUAAACCAUUCCCAUGACUGUGUUGCAUGGAUAUCAAUGAUACACACGCAUAUACACUUGAAAAUGAUCAAGGAACAAAGGUUGCUAUUGAAACAUAAACUAGAAAAAAAAAAGGGUUCCAGCACUUGUGCUUGAAUUUUCUCAGUGGCUUGUAUAUGUUUGUCCAUACAUACAUGUAAUAAAACACAUGAUUACAAACAUGUCAGUGAAACCUCACCUAACCAUUUUAUAGUGGCAUGCAUGUUUCAUAUAUGAGAAAAAUAUUUACCAAUGUACUGUCCUUUGAUUCUCAAAAUAUAAAUACUCUACAUGCCAGAAACUACUCUAAUGUAACUAUUAAUGUGACAAUUAAAAUGAGGUUUCACUGUACAUUCAUGCUGUGAUCAGAUUCCUCCUUCCAGGACAUGUAUGUGGAUAAGAAUUGAAAUGCACAAAGAAGCCCUCAUCUUCCUCCUUUAGGUUGCAGCCAACUUACCACCUAACCACUACUAUCAUCGCCACCAAAAUUUUUCAAAACCAGUUGUUGACUACUAAAAGGAAUCAGUGGACAGGUCGUUGCUGGGAGCAGUGAGCACAGUCGUGUGAUUACAUCUGGAAAAGCAAGUUGUACAGCUGUAUCCUCCUCAAGACCCGGUGAAGAAUGCUAUUUUUCUAGGCUGAGCUUUUGUUAUAAACCUAAUAUUCAGAAGGCAAGAGUUACAAACCUGAUGUGUCUUUUUCUUCCUUUCCUUUUUUGCGUUUAUUAAUUCUGAAUGUAUUUUUAACAGAGUGAUUUUUUUGACUUACCAGUGUAAUUUGCAUUUUAAAAAUAAAUGGAAAAACAA